CCCUCCGCCUGCACCCUCCCCACGACAAGCUCCAGUCCUGAGGAGCGCAAGCACCCACACGGGUCGCACUAACCAGUCUGACCCUCUCGCCUCUCACCUUUCUGACUUCCUACCCAGAGGAGACAGGAACAACUUGAGACUCCCCUGAGGGUCCUUCAGGACAGGGGGCAGCCAUGUCACAGUUCUCUACCAUGACGACCUCGGAGAGGAAAAUGCAGGCGGCAGCAAUCUGCAGGGAGGUUCAAUCCCAGGAAGAUACAGAUAUGGAUCUGGGGAAGAAAAUGUGCGUACCUAAGGACAUUAUGCUGGAGGAGCUGUCUCUUGCCUCCAACCGGGGGUCCCGUCUUUUCAAAAUGCGCCAGAGACGCUCAGAAAAAUACACUUUUGAGAACAUCCAGAAUGAAAACAACAAUCAGUUGAAUAACGCAGUGGUUCCUCAAACUGAGAAUGAGAAUGCUGCGGACAGCCACAGUGGUGAGAACAACUUGGCUGCUGAUCAGGACUGCACACCAGAAACAACAAUGGUGCCAAAUCCAGACAGUAUUGCCCCGGGGUAUGGAGGUCCUUUAAAAGACAUCCCUCCAGAGAAGUUCAACACCACGGCUAUACCAAAGUCCUACCAUUCACCCUGGGAACAGGCCAUCAUCAGUGACCCGACCUUGGCUGACACUCUCAUCACCCAUAUGCCUGAGCCAGAGCCCCGAUCAGACCUACCAGGGUACAAAAGUUUCAAUAGGGUGGCAACCCCGUUCGGUGGCUUCAACAAGGCACCCAGACUUGAUCCCAUCAAGACCCUGCCGGCGGAGCCCCUCCCCGACUUCCCCGAGCUCCAGGGGGAAACAGGGGUAAACCGACCCUCCUUCAACAGAGCUGCUCUCGGGUGGGUGUCAGCAGGCGGUUCAGUCACCCUCCCUACACUUUCCCUUGAGCCUAUGUUCAUCCCUGAGUCAGAAGACCUUUGAACCCAUAAUGAAGUCACACAUAGAUGCUGUCUACUUAGUUGCUGCACUCGAGGUUAUUGUGGGUGGAGCAGCAUUUCAGUCAGAACAGAGUCAGGGUGAUAAAAAGCAUCCUGUUGGGCUGUUCUGGUUCAAGUUACCAUGUAUGCAGUAUCCCUUGGUUUUUCAGGGAUGAUAACAAUUGCUUUGCACUCAGAUAUAAAUUAAUCUUGAACAGUAAGCAGAGACUGGAAUAAAUGGAAAUUGUAUAUUAAUGUGCAUAAGAUUAUUCUAUCUUGCAGACACACAUUUUUGCUCAAUAAAAUGGUUUGGA